AUGUCAUCGGUCUCCGUGCAACGCGCGGAAUCCAUGACACCCCUUCGUAUUCUGGACCACCCGGAGGAAACAUCCGGGCUUCCGUCCGUGAGCGUAUCCCCCCACCAUCGUCUUCCACACAAUCCGUCGCCAUCGCCGAUGCACCGACCCAUCACGGGAUACACGAGUAUGGGCUCGCCAAUUUAUGGGCGCUUGCGGUCGCACUCGACGGGAAAUGCUCCUAGGUCGCCAAUGUGCAACGCCCAUAAUACAAUGUCGAUCUCUCCAAUUUUCGCAGGUACUUCAGCCUUGCUCAAACUUCCCAAUCUGCCCAAUCUACCACCGGAACCGGAUCAAACACAGCGAUCCAUGGAAGCCGCAAUCACUUCUGAACGACUUCGUGCGAAACAGAUGGAAGAACAAGAAGCGGACAUGACGGCGGAUGAACUACGGGCGGUGCUCAAGCGAGAACGGAAUCGUGCCGGCCGUAUUGCGGCCGACUUGGCCGCUAUUCGCUCCGCCGCGGUUCAAUCGCAACUCGAAGCGGAAGUGGUGGAAGAAGGCCGGAUCAACGGUUUGAUGCGCCGACUGGAGGUUCUGCAGCAAGAAAAGGGUCGCAUCAUUGUAGAAUUGGAGCGUGAAGAGGAAAUGUUGACGAACACGCUGCAAAAGAAAUUGAACCAAGUGCGCAAGGAAAAAGCCGCCUUGGAGGAACAAAUUGAAUCCGAGAAAAAGUCGCACAACACUCUGCAAACGCAACUUUCCGACAUGCGAGACCGUGUGGCUCCACAUCGUGCUGAUACGCAGCAAGAAGAAAUGGAAGAAGAGUAG